UGAUAAGAUAACACACCCAUUGUGGAUUGAUAACUCAUCGUCCAUUACACGUUUUAGUCAUGAAAAUAUUGUGAAUCAUAUAAAAAUCAUGGCAGACGGGAGAAUUCCAGGUGUAUCUCGCUCUGAGAGACAGGAUAAUCGUGUCGAAGAUUUGCACUUGGAUAGAGUGGUCUCUUCGCACCCAGAAAUUGGACCGACACCCCCGGAUGGUGGUUACGGAUGGUUGAUAGUAUUUUCCGCAGUAGUUUAUCACAUAACAGUGCCGGCAUUGGUGACAUUGUAUGGACUGAUUAUUCUUAAAGCAAUCCGUCAGGACGGUCACGAAGAAGACGAAAAAAUCAAAUUAUGGGAUGUGGAUAUAGCCCUUGUGCCUGUUAUAGCUUUAGUGGUCAAGUUGCUUUUGGAGUCAUGGAGCCGUGCCGUGGUGAAAAUCUUCAACAUGCCAAGGUUUAUGGCUUUAGCGGGACUGUGUCUCACCGUAGCAGGAGUGCUAUUAUCUAGUUAUUCGACAGACGCAGACAGCAACGAUCAAAUCGUGAAUAUAUUUGCAGGACUUUUCGCAGGCAUGGGCUGCGCACUAACGGGCCAGCAGACAGAAGUUAUCAUUACGAUUUACUUCAGAGAAAACCUGAUUAUGGCCCAGAGGCUAGUCAGGAUAGCGCCCUCUAUCGGAAACUGCAUAGUCCCGAUCAUAAUUGGCUACAUGCUCACCAAAUACCCUGGGGACGUCGUCGUCAUGAUCUACGGAGCCCUGCUAAUGCAAAACUGCUUCUUCCUAGCAGCUUAUACCAGACCUGUUUACAUAGAAAAAGUUAUCAGAACCACCUAUAGGAGAAUAAUUGAUGCCGUUGAAGAUGACGAUGAGAUAAUAUUUUCAAAUCAAGGUCACAGCGAACCUCCUACGAUCACGCAAGCCACUGAAGGUCCAAGCACUCAAGACGAUCCAACGGAUGUUGUCGUUUUCAAUUCAAGAAAGAACGCUAAAGAAAUCUUAGAUCCUGUUGUUCAACAACGCGAAAGAGCAAUUUCGAACGAGCGAAGAUUCUCCUCUGAUUUCAGUGAAAUGUACAACGACAACAAUAGAUUUUCUUCUGACUUUGGAACUUUGGAUAUAACUAGUUACAGUAGAAUAGGGGCUUAUCAAGAAUUGGAGAGUAUAGACAGAGAUGCGCAGAAUCCCCAGCCGUUGUAUAGGGAGACUACGGUGAAUGCCCCCGAUGAGAAUUUGGUGUUUUCUGCGGAUAUGACGGCAGGUACUGCAAGGCGGACGGCUAUGUUGAAGAAGCACUUUAUAACAGUGGCCAACAUGCUGAUAGAUGUAAAUUUCUAUUUGUACACGAUGUUGCACCUCUGCACGACGUUUUCGACGCUCAUUAUCGGGUUGCUGUUCCCGAUAUUCUUCUGGGAGAAAAAUACUGCGCUGAAUAUUUGGGGAGUGUCCCAGAUGGUAACAGUGGCCCACGGAUUAGCUCUCUGCUUCAUUCUUCUCUGCGUGAUGCUGCCCAAGACCUUCAACCAGAAGGCUAGAUUGUGCAGCAUAUGCUGUGUGAUUGGAGCUGUCUCCUUUUAUGGUAUAACUCUAUCCAGAAGCAUGAGCUUCCUGAUCUACUGGUGCGUAGUAGCCGCUUCCUCCACCGCCGUAUCUUCGAUCCUCCAACAGCCUCUUUACAACAGUACACUCAACGAAUUCUCAUCUACGGCCACCAUCACCUUCGCUAACACGGCCGCUGCCACCUUCAUCAUGAUAUGGGCGCUGGUAAGGAAUUACGAGCUGAAGACUUGCUUCGUUACAGCGAGUAUACUUCAAAUGGUGACGGCUACGGUGUUCUUCAUAGCGUCCUUUAGGAGGCAACGGUAGUUUUUAAUUGUACCAAUUCACAUCAGUUUUUGAUGUUUCUGGUUUUGAUUUAAAUCACACACUAGCGCCAUCUAUUUAUUGCGUAAGACAAGUUUUGACAGUUUUAAACGUCUACCCACUUACUAGUGUUUUUAAAGAUGUUUAGUCUGCUGAUUACAUAGUCGACCUCCCUCUCCCAAAUUGACUGAUGUAAGUCAGUCAAUUAAAGAUAAUCGGUUUACAUCUUACAGCAUUUUAUACUUUGUGAUGUUUUUGCAAUGCACAAAUAAUACUGGUUUUGUAUUAUUCCUUCAUUGGAUCUAAUUUACCAGUAAUUAUUUAAGAAUUGAAUAAAUUAAGGCAUAUUUAAGAUAUUUAAGUCAUUUUUAUUUAAGAGAUCACUUGUGUACAAUCCGAGUUUAUAAAUAAAAUUAUAAAUAAGUUUCUAGUUACUCUGUGUGUAGGCUUAGUACAGUGAAAGGCACAGAAAACUGACCAUUCUGUUGUCGCGACAGAGGGUCAGGUUUAUUUGCUAGUCACUGUAGCUUGCGACCGCCAUGGCAGCUACAAUUGUUAGAAGCAAUUUAAGUUCAAGUAAUUUAAUCGAAAAUUGACUUUUUUGUAAAAACAAAUAGGUACUUUUUCUUCUAUUCUUAUAGGUUAAAUAGUAAAUAUAUAUCGAAAAAAUAAUUCGAUUUUUGGGUAUCUAUACUUAGUUGCCAGUAGCGAUCAGAGUUACCAGAAGUUAAGUUGUACAUACAUUAAUAUAGUUGGAUACAUUCGAUUCUGCUGUAGGCCAAAAUAAUAAAAAAAAAAUAGACAAAUGCAAUGACUACAAAAAUAAAACUUUUUAAUAAAAAUAUUUCUUCUACAACAGAGUCGAAUCGCUUAGAGCAAAAUAAGAUAUAAUAUUAAAAUCUAUAAGAUUAUACGUAAUAGUCGAUAAUAAAUAUUUUUCUAAUAUAA